AUGGAGAAGAUCAAAAAUAUGUUGGUCCGCGGUGGUCGGAUCGUUGAAAACGAGCUUGGUUCGGAACACGCUAAUCACGAUUUGAAUGAAAAAGCAGCUGAAAUUGCAUCACAAGAAGUUGCCAAUGAUGAUUUUGAAGCCGAUAGAAAAAUCGUUGAUUUGGAUCUAGUGGUUUCGAAAUCACAAGAGUUUGACCCUGUUACGUCACGUUUGGUCGAUGAUAUUAUUAACGAUGAUUAUGCAGCAGUUCACGUGGAAGAUGAUUCACCAUAUCCAGAGGUGAGAGCAGCUGUCCCAAGCUCGGAUGAUUAUGAUAUGCCACAAGCGACAAUCCGAGCAUGGACACUUGGCUUGAUCUUAACCACCAUUGGAUCAGCAAUGAACAUGUACUUUUCCCUUCAUCAACCUACAAUAACAAUCACUACAUUAGUUACAUCUAUUUUGGCUUAUCCUAUGGGAAGAUUUUGGGCCUGGUGUUGUCCCAACUGGAAAAUAUUUGGUAUUCCGUUGAACCCGGGACCAUUCAACUUAAAAGAGCAUGCAGUGAUUACGAUUAUGGCGAAUGCUUCUUUUAACAGUGGACCUGCCUACUCAACGGAUAUCUUGGUCUCAAUGAACAAGUUUUAUGGUAUUGACUUUGGUGUUGGGUUUGCCCUUGUUUGUACACUUGCCACCAAUAUGAUUGGAUUUUCGAUGGGUGGUUUGAUCAGAAGAGUGGUUGUCGAUAGUCCAUCAGCAAUCUGGCCACAAAAUUUGGUUACUUGUACCUUCCUCACAAAUAUGCACAUUAACGAGAAUCAUCCAGCAAACGGUUGGAAAAUAUCACGUCUUGCAUUUUUCUUGACAGUUUUCAUUGUUGGUUUUUUCUACUACUGGUUCCCCGGAUAUAUUUUUACUGCCUUAUCAAACUUUUCGUGGAUAACUUGGAUUCGCCCUAACAAUGUCACAAUCAACCAAAUUUUUGGAUCAACUUCGGGUUUGGGUAUGUUCCCUAAUUCCUUUUCCUUUGACUGGAACCAAAUUGCUGGUUACUUUGGUUCACCAUUGAUUCCACCUGCUGGUACUAUUGGUACAAUAUUUCUUUCGAUGGUUCUCAUAUUUUGGGUGGUUGUUCCAGCUAUUUCAUUUACCAACACUUGGUAUGGUGAUUACUUGCCAAUCUCAUCUUCGGGAUCUUACGACAGAAAACAACAAACAUAUAAUGUCACUAGAAUCGUGGACUCUAAGACAUUAACUUUCAAAAAAGAAGAGUAUGAAAAGUAUUCACCAUUGUUUUUGUCAACCACAUUCGCCAUCUCUUAUGGCUUAUCUUUUGCUGCCAUCUUGGCAACUGUUGUUCACACUGUUUUGUUCCAUGGUCAAGAAAUCAUCAAUCAAUUCAAACUUAAAGAGAAGCCAGAUGUUCACAAUAGGCUAAUGGCUCGUUACAAAAGAGUUCCUGAAUGGUGGUUCUUAAUCUCGUUCUUGGUCUUUUUUGCCAUGUCAAUUGCCACUGUCAGAGCUUGGGAUACAGAAAUGCCAGUGUGGGCCUUGAUUGUGGCUCUUCUUAUUGCCAUCUUCUUUUUACUUCCUGUUUCUGUCAUCUUUGCUAGAACUAACAUUAGUGUUGGUUUGAAUGUUGUUACUGAAUUCAUUGUCGGUUACAUGCUUCCAGGUAGGCCAAUUGCCAUGAUGUUUUUCAAAACUUUCGGUUACAUCACCAAUAAUCAGGCUGUUACUUUUGCUCAAGAUAUGAAAUUGGGUCAUUAUAUGAAGAUCUCUCCUUACAACAUGUUCUUUUCGCAAUUCACUGCUGCUAUUUGGUCUUGUUUUGUUCAAAUUGGUGUUAUGAGAUGGGCUUAUGGUGCAAUUGACAAAUUAUGUGAAGCUGAUCAACCGUCAAAAUUCACUUGUCCUGGAGCUAAAGUGUUCUUCAAUGCAUCGAUCAUUUGGGGUGUCAUUGGACCACAACGUCAAUUUUCUCAUGGACAAUUGUAUUAUGGAACAUUGUAUUUCUUCAUCAUUGGUGCAAUUCUUCCAGUCAUCAGUUGGUUAAUUUUGAAAAAAUACCCAAACAGUGUACUCAAGUACUUGCACUGGCCUGUGUUCUUUUCUGGUACCGGUUACAUUCCACCAGCAACACCAUUCAACUAUACCUCGUAUUGCCUUGUUGGCUUAUUCUUUGGUUGGUGGGUCAAGAAGAAGUUUUUCCACUGGUGGACCAAGUACAACUAUUCUUUGUCUGCUGGAUUGGAUAUUGGGUUAGCUUGGAGUCUUUUGAUUAUUUCAUUGGCCAUGGGUUUGACACAAACCGAUUUCCCAAGUUGGUGGGGAAACAAUGUCGUUAAUGGAACUCUUGACACCAAUGUGUCGACAAAUAUUAGAAAGCUUUUGAAAGAUGGGGAAACUUUUGGACCAUCGACGUGGUAG